AUGUCUCUAUCCGGAAAAGUCGCCUUGAUCACUGGCUCCUCCCAGGGAAUCGGCAGAGCAACUGCCAUCCGCCUUGCUAGCGAAGGUGCCAGCAUAGUCAUCAACUAUCGUUCUGACUCCACGGCAGCUAAUGAAGUGGUUGAGCAAAUCGGUGCCGACCGCGCUCUGGCCGUCCAGGCCGACGCCUCCAAGCUAUCAGAUCUAGACCAUCUGGUCGACGCAACAGUAGCCAGAUUCGGAAAAAUUGAUAUCCUCAUCCCCAACGCGGGAAUCCUUGCUAUGAAAGGUCUGGAUAAUACCACAGAAGAGGACUUUGAUAAUUUCUAUGAUCUGAUGGUUAAGGGACCAUACUUUUUGGCACAGAAAGCCACAAAACACAUGCCGUCUGGAGGGCGCAUUAUUUUCGUUUCUAGUACUCUCAAUCAUGUAUCCGGCAUUGAUCCUGGUUAUCUUCUCUAUGUUUCGACAAAGGGUGCUAUUGAGCAGAUUUCCCGCGUUCUUGCUAAGGAUCUUGGGCGGAGGGGUAUCUUGGUCAAUGCGAUCGCUCCUGGUCCGACAAGUACUAAGCUUUUCCUUGAGGGAAAGCCGGAAUAUGUCCUCAAGGCAAUUGCUGGGUCUAAUCCUUUCAAUCGCAUUGGAGAGCCGGAGGAGAUCGCGUCGGUUAUGGCAUUCUUGUGUGGGAAGGAUAGCAGCUGGAUGUCUGGACAAGUCGUGAAGGUUAAUGGCGCUACAGCAUAA